AUGCCGGCUCUCGCCUCGCCGGACACAUCGAACAGCCAGCAUCACGAGCAGCAGCACCACCAUCACCAUCAUCAACAUACCCCAGGAACCAAACAGACGAACGCCUCAUCCUCCCUGUUUGCUCACUCUACGUCGAAACAACCUCACGAGAAAGCUGCUGCUGCUACUGCGGCCAACGCCUUUCUGUGGAACCCAGAUUACAGCAACGGAGACACUGGAGAUGGAGUCGCUGCAUCUGCGAAUUUCUUUGUUGAGAGUCGCUCCAGGGGCCCAAAUCCGAAGACUAGAGCCACAGUUUCCAUCUCUCCUUCGCGAGAGUGCACAGAGAGCGUCGACUCCUCGUCGCUGAGGAACGGGCGUGCCGUCUCCUCUCACAACUCCAUGGCAGACAUCACAACAACACCCGCUACCACCAACGGUGCGUCCGCCCAUCACGAAGCAUUUGCCGACGAACACGAACGCUGGGUGAACGGAAAACGGCCAGGCUCAGGCUCAGCACGGAACUAUCAAUGGUGCAGCACUGCCAUACAGACCGACUACACAGGAUACCCGUCUACCGCUGAGCUGACGCCUCCAAGCUCCUCGUCUCAACACGAUGAUGUAGGGCCUGCUCCAACAAGACCACCACCACCUAUUCCAACCGCUGCUGCUGCUGCUUCAACCUCAAUACCGACCACACCUACACCCAGACCUACUACUCUUGAUACCACCAACCUCGCUCCAGAGUCACAGCCCAUCUCUUACAGACACUCCUCUCCACCACCACAAGUAUCUACAACCGCACACUCAGAAAUACCUACUUCUCCCUCCAGCCCGCAGAGCGGACGUCUUAGCCACCGACAUACCCUCCAGGUUCCACGCCACUCCUCGUCACGAGCAAGCCGUGACACCGUGUCUCUUCUCCUACCUCCGUCCUGCGUCGUGGCUCGUUCACCAUCCCUCGUCUUAGCCAGCGUUCAAACCAGUCAGAAGCUCACCUGGAUGAGGCCCUACAUGACGAAGGGUGCCGCCAGAUGGACAGAAGCGUUUAAGCAACGCCGAGCCAGCAAACGAAAACGACGAGAGGAGGAAGACGAAGACCGCGUCAUCGUUGGGACAAAGGUCGAUCAGCAUCAUGUCAACUGGGUGACUGCGUAUAACAUGCUGACAGGCAUCCGCUUCACGUUUCAGAACCAACGCCAAGCUUGA